AUGGGGAAAAUAAUGAAAAAUGGCAAAGUUGUAUUGGUGCUUUCUGGUAGAUUCGCUGGAAGAAAAGCUUUAAUAGUGAAAGCGUAUGAUGAUGGCUCUGCCGAUCGAACUUAUAGUCAUGCAUUAAUUGCUGGAAUCGACAAAUAUCCCAAGCCGGUAACCAGAAUGAUGGGAAAGAAAAAGAUAAAAAAUCGAAGCAAGUUACGGCCUUUCCUUGCUGUCGCAAGUUAUUCUCAUUUGCUACCAACACGAUAUUCUGUCGAUAUAAAUUUGGAUAAAAAUAUUGUGAAUAAGGAAGUGUUAAAAGAACCAUCAAGAAAGCGAAAAGCCCGUAUGGAAAUAAAGCAAAAAUUUGAAGAACGCUACAAAACGGGAAAAAACAAAUGGUUUUUCACAAAAUUACGUUUUUAA